UGCACAUUAAAUUCUUACAACCCGGAAUUUUGCACUACCUCAAACCCUAGUUCUCAUCGUCCCCUUCACCACUCCACCUGCACACUCACCCCACAAAAACUCAAAAUCUCUAACUUAGCUCCAGAAAUUCCGAUUUAGCUCGUAUCUUACUCCUUCCAAUCCACACAUUUUGCAGAAAUCCGGUGGAAAACACUUGCUGGUCGAUCCUCGAUGUCUCUCGACGGUGCACGUAUACCAGGGGCACCCGACGGGAGGCCCGAUCAAGUAAUUGCGCACGUAAACGGCGGCGCCACUGUCCCGGGGCUACAAAAUGGCGCCGGCGCUGCGCCGCCGACGUACCUGACGCACAGGUUGAGGCUGAACCCCAAUUCGGAUCACAGGCCGGACAAUUACGAGGAUUUGGACCUCGAAUUCAGCCCCUUGAUCUUCAGCUCGCUGGAGAGGUAUCUCCCGCCGAAUCUGCUUCAACAGGAGCGCGAUGUGAAGGUGAAUUACAUGCGCGAGAUUCUUCUCCGGUACUACCCCGAGAGCGAGCGAGUUAGGCUUCAGAAGCAUCGGGAAUACAGGCAGAAGAUUAUAUCCAACUACCAGCGUCUGCACCUCGAGCUUUACAGUAUGCAUCCGGCAAACUUUUUUGUGCCCUCGUUCCUGAAGGCUAUCAGUGAGAACACUGAACAGGCUUUUAGAAACAUAAUGUCGGAACCCUCUCCUGGAAUCUUUACAUUUGAGAUGCUGCAGCCACGGUUCUGUGAAAUGUUACUGGCCGAGGUAGAAAAUUUUGAGAAAUGGGUCCACGAGACAAAGUUCAGAAUCAUGAGACCCAAUACAAUGAAUAAAUAUGGUGUUGUUCUUGAUGAUUUUGGCAUGGAAACCAUGCUUGAGAAGCUCAUGGUAGAUUUUAUGCGUCCUAUAUCAAAAGUUUUCUUUCCUGGUGUUGGUGGAUCAAACCUUGAUACGCAUCAUGGUUUUGUCCUUGAAUAUGGGAUCGAUAGAGAUGUUGACCUUGGUUUCCACGUUGAUGACUCGGAAGUAACCUUGAAUGUCUGCGUGGGUAAACAAUUCUCUGGGGGUGAACUCUUUUUUCGUGGUGUACGAUGUGAUAAACAUGUAAAUACAGAAACACAGUCUGAGGAGAUAUUUGACUACUCACAUGUCCCAGGGCGUGCUGUUCUUCAUUGUGGCCGUCAUAGGCAUGGUGCUAGAGCCACCACAUCAGGAAAGAGGAUAAACUUAGUGUUAUGGUGUAGAAGUUCUGUAUUUAGAGAAUCCCGAAAAUAUCAAAAAGAUUUCUCCAGCUGGUGUGCAGAGUGUCAACAUGAGAAGAAAGAAAGACAACGCCUGUCAGUCGCUGCUAUCAAAAUGGACUUGCUGAGGAGGGAGGGGCAAACUGCUACCUGAGCCUGUUGUAUAUUGUUUUGUUGAAGCUGUAUUACAUUAGAUGCUAACUCAUCCUUGGAUAAUCAAAUAUUCUUAUAUUUAUAAUCAGCAGCAUGUAGCAAUUUUCCUUUUUGUUGUCUGUUUUUUUGGCAAUCCAAGCGCAUAUGUAAAUGAAAACUAUUUAGGUGCAAGAAAUCUGGAUUGGUCCUACCUGCUAUGCAGUUCACUCAUGUAAUUAAAAACCAGCAUUCUUUAUGUAUCCAACUCUUUCUACUUUCUUUAUGAUUUA